AGCCAUCAGCAGGGAACGCUUUGGUAAAUAAAAGGUUUUUAAAAUAUUAAUAAAUGGCUGGAGAAGUUAUUGUAGAUGCGUUGCCGUACAUUGAUCACGGCUAUGACGACGUGGGAGUCAGGGAGUCGGCCCUUGCCAUGGUGGAGGAAGAAUGUAGACGCUAUCGGCCUACAAAGAACUACCUGGAUCACCUGCCGCUGCCAGCUAGCUCUCCAUUCGAGACUCCACUGAUGAUCAAUGAAUUCGAGCGCAUCCAGAACCGCCUACCCAUGGAAACUCUUUCCAUGAAACGAUAUGAAUUGCCCCCGCCUCCGUCCGGUAAACUCUCAGAGGUUUCCGCCUGGCAAGAGUCCAUUGAGAACUCAAUGGCCCAGCUAGAGCACCAGUGGGUACGAUCUUUGAAUCUGGAGCUCAUGCUGGACUACGGAACAGAGGCAUGGAAAUCGUACUUGGAGGUGUUCACAGCCAUGCAGGCGAAGGCUCAACUGCACCUUCAGCAACUAAAGAAGGACAUUCAGGAUGUUAACUGGCAAAGAAAACAAGCGCAAACUCAGGCCGGCGAAAGGCUGCGCUCCCUGGAGGCUCAUUGGGUGUUAUUAGUGUCCAAGAACUACGAGAUCGAAACGGAGUGCGUAGAGUUAGAGAAGCUUGUCCAUGCUGCACGUGAGCAGCUCAAAAGACUAGCACCACCACCUACAGAAAAUGACACAGCCCCCACGCCAGAGCACACUAAUGGGAUUGAUCAAGAUACGGUCGAGACCAACGGCAGUGAUAGUAAUAUUAAUGAAGGCGAAGAAAACGCGGAGACUAAGGAUUCCGAAGAAGAAACAGAAAAACCAGAGGUCCAAGAGGAGUCCUCUAAUGAGUCACAAUAGUUUAAAAUUAUACUAAGAUACUGCCCUAUGGAAUUCUGAUAAAAAACUAAUAAUAUCUGACUAAGCAUAAUA